AUGGAGGAGACGAGGUGCUGCAAUCCCCUUUUCCGCGGAACACAAUCGACGAAGAGAUGCUCACUCUCGUCGUCCCCGGCUCGCCGCCUUCAGUGUCGUCGUCGGAAUUCAGCUCGCCGUAGUCAAAGAGAUGAUGCAAUCAAUGAGAUUCUUCUUCUCGUCGUUACCCUCUGCUCGCCUUCUUCACUGUCGUCGUCAGAAUCUGGCUCGCCGCAGUCGAAUAGGGAGAGGUAA